GGUAGAAAUAUUUAAUGGACAAGAUGAUAAUUUAUGCUCUUAGUAUAUUUAGUAUUGUAAUAUCUGUAUUGUGUAGAGCGGAACAAUUUACAAUUCCUGUGAUCACUUGCAAGCGGAAUUCAACUGACUAUUCGAGCUGUUUAAAAAUCAUAUUGCAAGAAACAUGGCCACGAAUACAAGAAGGACUUCCAGAAUUCGAUAUUCCACGUUUGAAACCACUUAAUUAUGAAGGCGGCAGAAUUGCAUUUAAUACAAACGAGAUACAUGGAGAAGGAAUCAUAAUAAAUGCCACUGUUUAUGGUUUAGAAAAUAUUAAUUUUUUAGAUUUGAGGCCACACUUUUUAAAUGAUGUUUUCCGUUUAGAAAUUGACACGCCAAUCUCGACUAUGUUCAUUAAUUCUUACGUUAGCGGACGCGCUAAUGUAUUAGGAAUACAAGCACAUGGUGCAGGACAACUUAAUGUAACCAUAAGUGAUAACAGAGCAACAAUGGUCAUAACAGGGCAUGUAAAAAAUGAUACAUGGACAAUAGAACAUUGUGAUUUAAUUAUGACGAUUGGAAGUUUCAAGGCUCAACUCAAUGGUUUCUUUGAUGGCAUUAAAGAGCUUAAUGAUGUUCUUGAAGAAUUUCUAAACGAAUAUUGGCCACCGAUUUAUCGAAUUAUAGGACCAGUAGUAUUUAAAGACGUAGCAGACCCAUUGAUAUGUGUAAUCACUGAUGACAAAACCAGAAAAACAAGAUCGACCGAGAAGAUAGUUGAUGUGUUGGUGGUGACGAGCAAGAAAUGUAUAAACAAGAUGAUAUUCUAUAUGUUCUUUAUAUUCAAUAUUGUAACGUUUGUAUUGUGCGCAACGGAAUGUAAAGUUGAUCCUACGUUUCCUAUAAACCCCUGUGAGCAAAAUUCGACCAAUUAUUUCGACUGUUUAAAAAACUGUGCGGAAGAAUUAUGGCCACGCAUAAUUAAAGGAUUUCCAAAGUACAAGUUGCCAAUUUUGGAUCCAUUGUUCUAUGGUAAUAGCAAAUACGUAAUUAAUAGAGGGGAAAUAUAUGGAGAAUUAAAUGUAUAUAAUGUCACUGUUGCCGGUAUAAGGAAAACUCAAUUCUUGACUGUAAGAAUGUACAUUCGUGAUGACGGAUAUCAUUUCGAAGUUGAUGUUAAAGUACCAAGAUUGAUAAUUGAUGGUGAUUCUAACGCCAUAGGUAAUUUAGGCGCAAUUAGAAUGGGUGGCAAAGGACAUUUUAAUCUAACCCUAGAAAAUGUUAAAGCUUCAUUCUAUGCAAUAGGACACGCAGAACACGAUAAAUUAGUUUUGGAACAUUUCCGAAUAAUUCCAAUAGUUGAAAAACUGAAAUUCCAUUUAGACGAUUUCUUUGAAGGCAAUAAAGAAUUUAAUGAUCUUGAAACUUUUGUGAAUGAAUUCUGGCCAUCGUUAUAUCGAACGUUCAUACCAGUACUGUUAGAUGUAUGGGAUUCAGAAUUUACUAAUCUUGUCAAUCAUUUAUUAUCACAUGUAACUAUUUCGCAAAUAUUCCCAUAAAAGUUAUAUAUUAAUAUAUUAUACACAAAUCAGAUUUCCUCCCGCAUAAAACUACAUAUAACAUUUAUUAUCUUAACACAUUACAUAUUACAUUUAUCAUCUUAAACACUAAAUACAAGAAUAAGAU